GACCAGAGCCGGAGAGCAGCGCUGGGAAAGAGAAGUCCCGAAGUGCCGGAAGUGCGACUUUCGGCCGCGAGGAGGCGCUGAGUCAGCCGCUUGGCCGGCUCCUCGCUGAAGGCGCCGGCAAAGGAACGUCCCCUCCCACUCCGCCUCCGUCUCCUCUGCAACUCUGCCGAGCAUGCAGGGACUCGAUCUCCCCAUUCUGCAUGAAAGCUUCAGAGACAACAUCGCGGAUGUUCUUAUGCUUCAUUUCAGUGAGUUGCCCCUCGGUGCUGCGGGACUUCUCGCCUGCCCUGCGUGUAGCUUCGCUGGCGAAUGACCGCGUUCCAAGGGCCCGUCAAGAGCCAAUUGUGGAAAACGUCAGUAAUACUAAGAUAGGAUGGGCCUUGGUGAACAUGGACAGAG